AAAGAGAUGAUGCUCUGUUGUUAACAAAAAACUAUUUAAACUUUUCUUCCGUUGUCAAAAACAACAUUACUAACUAAUUGUUGUUGUUCUUAUGACAGACGAGUGUAAAAAAUCCGACUAAAUCUGCUCCAUUGUAAUUACUGCGUUAGUGAGUAUAAAAUAAGAUAGAAACCAUGUGUUAUUAGGUAUAUUUUAUUUAUUUCGUUAAAAAAGAGGGUGGUGAAAGUUCGACGGUUUAUUUGUGUGGGCGAAAUUGACCUUCAUUCAUCAGCCCACGGAUGUUUUUUUUGACAUUGUAUUGCACUAAAUGCAACAAACAAUUGUGUAGUUUCAUUGUUUGUGGGCGAUAACUUGGGAGAAAAAAACAUUGAAAAUUGGGAUAUUUAAUUCAAAGUACAAAUUGUAAACUUUUGGUUGUUGAACUAUGAGAAUCAUUGGAACUUGAAGAAUUUGUCGUGUAUUUGAUUCAAGGAAUGUGAAAAAUUAGGAAAAAUUACUUCUGCUAUAACAGGGAUUGAUUUGCGUUCGGCUCGAAAUAUUUAUGUAAAGUCAAGAAGAAGAUCUCAUAAGCAUUGAGGAUUGGAAAUUACAGGAAGAAUUAUCUCUCGUAUCUUAUUUUUACGAUUUACAAAACACACCUGGAUUCAGAAUUGAUAAUCAUUACAAGGUCUCACAAAAGUGAUCUGCCAAAAUAGUCAAUAAAAUCCUUUAAUAUUUGACACUAUCGGCAUUGUCGUCACAUUAAUCCUACAUUCCUUUAGCAUCCAGGCUUAACACCUUGAUGGUUCCUAUAUUAUAUAGUUCAUACUUGAACAAGAGUAAAUGUCGGUGAUUAUCGUGCAGUUAAAUAAGUUAACAGAUGACACUCAGCUUGCAUUAAACCAUUACAAAGGUUGGAGUUGACGACGUCGGUUAAUAAAGUGGACGUGUGUUCUGCUGAACAUUAAAUAACUUUAUUUAUUUUUUGAUGGGAAAUUUUGUCUUCUUCAUGAUCUGAAAAGGAGUUAUUUUUAGCAAACGUGUUAUUGUUUUCCAUUCGAUGUAACGUGCGCUUAGUUUUUACUGGGAGGUUGUGACAUUAAGGAUAAUAUCUGGAGAAAUUACCUAUAAGGUUGUCGGAGACACGAUGUCACACCACAGUGAAGAAGGAAUGCUGAUGGCAUCAAGUGACUCUUUCUGGGAGCCAGGAAAUUAUAAACGAACAACAAAGAGAAUCGAAGACGGGUACAAACUCUGCAACGACCUAAUCACACUGGUCCAAGAGAGGGCGGAAAUAGAGAAAGCCUAUGCGCGCAACCUAAAGACUUGGUCCAAGAAAUGGGCAGAGACGAUAGACAAAGGCCCAGAGUAUGGAACGACGGAGGCCGCCUGGAAAGGCGUUCUCAUCGAGGCGGAUCGGCUUUGUGACCUCCACUCUGGAAUCAGGGACGAGCUGCAGAACGAUGUAGUCAACCAAAUUAGAGGUUGGCAAAAGGACACCUACCACAAGAACGUGAUGAACCUGAAGGAGAGAAAAGAGAUGGAAGACCUAUUCAAGAAAGCUCAGAAGCCAUGGGCAAAGAUUUUGCAAAAAGUCAACAAGGCGAAGGCAGACUAUCAUAACGCUUGCAAAAAUGAAAAGUCAGCACUGAAUCAAGAGCGAAACGCUGCCAGUGACUCGUCGCUCUCUCCAGAUCAGGUAAAGAAGCUACAAGAUCGAGUGUCGAAGAGCAAAGAGGAAGUGCAAAAGACGCGAGAAAAAUAUGACUCAGCUAUUCAAGAGAUCACGCAGUACAACCCAAAAUACAUUGAGGACAUGAGAGAUGUUUUCGACAAGUGCCAAGAAGUGGAGGCAAAGCGGCUCAAGUUUUUCAAAGAUGAAAUGUACUCGAUCCACAAAUGCAUCAACAUUUCCGUGAAAGAAGAGUUACCACAAAUUUAUGAAGAAUUUUAUCACACAAUUAGCAACGCGGAUCAUAUGAAAGAUUUAAAAUGGUGGUCCAACAAUCAUGGAGUCAACAUGGCAAUGAAUUGGCCAACUUUUGAGGACUACUCGGAAGAAUUUAGAGACAUAACCAAAAGCAGGGUGAAAGAUGCCGUGCCCGCCGGUGGAAUCAUGUUGUUAACCCAAAAGCCCGUUUCGGACGAUCUGCCUGCUGGCGGUCCUCAAGAUCCUCCACCACCCACGAUGGUGAUGUCGAAAGGCAAUUCCAUUAAGGUGAAAGCAAACGGAAAUGGGACAGAGUCUAAACCGAAAAUGAAUAAGGGGAGUCCUGGCUCUAAAGAGGACAUUAAGCCUAACGGUUCAGGUUCAUCACUCAACAGGAAAGGAAGCAAGGAGGGAAACCCGUUUGAGGAGGAGGAAUGGGAUGAAUAUUCUAAUACUGAUGCGCCACUGGUAGACCGGGGGGAACCGGGCAUUCCUGUUCGAGCAUUAUAUGACUAUGAUGGGGCAGAGGAUGAUGAAUUGACGUUUAAACAAGGGGAAGUGUUCGAAAAACUAGAAGAUGAGGAUGAACAAGGAUGGUGCAAAGGGAGGAAAGACGGACGUGUCGGACUCUAUCCUGCGAAUUAUGUAGAAGUUGUUCAGUAGGGUUAAUUGUUUUAAUAGACUUCAAUAUUGUUCCCCUGCCAGUCGUCGUUCCCCGAUAAAUCAUAAAUCAUUCGUAGAUCGGAAAUAUCACCUUAUUUUGUGCUAUAAAUAUUGAAUUACGCAAGCUCUAUACAAUUUGCUGGAGGUAGACCGACCUAGAGAUCUCCAAAAUGAGUGUGAACACAGAUUAAUAAGGGUAAUCACAUAUAUAAUUACACCAAUAUAUACACAUACUACAAACAUAUAGAAUAACUAACUAAUAGUUGUGAUGGGUGAUUUUCACGCCCACUAAAACAGCACCAUCAUUGCUCGUCGCUUAUCGGAAGUAAUAAGUAAAUGUCUUCAACAAGUGAAAUCCUACUUUUUAGACUGUCCCUCAUGUACGUUUCCGUCUGUAACUUAAAUUAAUCUCAGGUCUUUUGAAAUUCUUGGAAAAGGAAUCAAUGUCUUUUAGAUUGUUAUCUCAUUUUGUAGUUUUGAAGAGUGUUGCCUUUAGAAAAAUACGUACAUUACAAACAUUCUUGAGAACAAUGCAGUUUUAGACUCUAUUAUAAUUAUGGUGUCAUAAUUUGUUCUUAAAAGGCCAUUCAUACAUUUAUUUACUUGUGUAACAAAUGAAUUUCCCAAACUAUAAAUUCCUACUACUAAAAAUCCCAUCUCGAGAGAAAAUCUAAUCGCAAUUCGGCUAAUCAUUCCUAAAUAUUUUUGUUAGCAGAGACAUUUUUGCAUCAAAAAGUAUGGUAGCUUACACAAAUGGGUAAUCGGAACCCUUUCUACCCUUUCUAAAUGUAAAUGCGAGUCACCCUUUGUAUAAUAUAUAGCAAUCCUGUCCUCAUCUACAAAUAAUCACUACAACCGCUCGUUGUUCUUCACCAACUCCACUCAAUCAAUAACUAUUUAAUCCAAAAAUUCCAUGGAAGAAGACUCCCAUCAAAUGACUACGUCUGUAGACGGUAUUCAAAAAGUAUUCAUGAUAAUAUGCAAAACUACAUUAGAUAGAUUAUGCUACGAUUAUCCGACACUAUAUUACUUUGCAUAAUACUAAAAUUAUUCGACCAUAGAAUAUUAGAAGAUGUGCCACGUGCCCGAUAUGUUGUUGUCGCCUGAUGUAGCUUUUAGUCUUUACUAUUUCGAAAGAGGUUAAGCAUAAUGAACCCCGAAACGGGUUUUAGACUGAGGUGACCGGACGACACACACAAACAACAAACACAAGCGUAUGCAAUACAAAGCUUGAAAUACGUACGUAUAAUAAUUCAGCAGAGGGGGCGAGGAUGAUGAUUUCAAAUGUAAUAAUUACUUGUAGUUAGUUAUCGAGCAGUUUGUGCAUAAUAAAAAAGUUAAGGAGGAGAACAAACAAACAAACUCACAUUAAAGAGUAAAAUCGCAGUGAUGAUGACUAAAAUAUGCUUCUACGAAUUUUAUUUUUGAUUAUGUUGCAAUGUUGUUUGUGAACAAAAUUCGUUAUUGUGAGUUUAGUGAGAUUGUCAAAAAAUUUAUUUAUUUCUCACAACACAAUCCAUACAUAUAUUAUUUACCUGUCAAAACUACCACGAAAUUAUUAAAUGGUUGGUUUAUGUGUAUUUUGUUUGUGCGAUAUAUUACAUUUGUAUGCAUCAGGAUGGGCAAGCUACUUUGGUCGUAAGAUAUAAGAUACAAAAUGAAGAUACUUUCGGGUUCAGGUAUAAAAUGCAUCUUGUUCAAGUACUUCAGGGUACAAGACACUGUCCUAAAAAUUAAGUAGCCAAGAUACAAGAUGUCUAUCUUAAAAUACUUUUAUGUUUUAGAAGAUACAUACUUUCUUCUUUUCGUGUGGUAUUCAUGUUCAAUUACUCAUGCUUAAUGUCAAUCGAAGAAAAUCUAUUUAAUAUAAAAUUUAAGGUACAUUUAGUAAUCACCUUACAAAUUUCGUUACAAGUGUCUAUAUUUUAAAAGAAUUCUAAAUUUCGAAAAGUAGACCUACAGUACAUACAUUUUUUACAUUGCACCUAUAUUUCUACUACAUUCGCUGCUUGCUCAAACUAAAAGUAAAACUUGUAAUAUCUACAUUCAUGAAGUAUAGGUCCAUAUCAUGCAGUAUGCUAUGUACUAAAUACAUAAUUAGUACAUAUAUACUACGGAUUUGCAUAUUUGCUCUAUAAAAUUUGUAAAAUAAUAAUGUGCUCGUGUGCAUAUACACCCAAAUGGGUAUAUAUAUACAUGUGUAUAUAAGUAUGUACACAUGUACAUACCAGGUAUGUAAUUCCUAAAUUAAAAUUUCACAACUCUGAGUACGACAAGAUGAUGAUCAAAUUGACCGACAGUAGUAAGAAAUGGAUUUACUUUAUCGGAUUUGUGAUUUGUAUCUCGUAUGCUGUCAAAAUCUUAACAUACUUUUCUGUGGAUAAGAUGUAUGAAGAAGAUACUAUUCGUUUGCCUAAAAGAUGCAUAUGUACAAGAUACUUAUUUCUCGACGAUACAAAAUAAAGAGACUAUCUUCUAACUUUUUUCAUGUAUCUUGACAAAGUAUCUUGCCCGCCCGACUUUGCAUAUACAUAUUUAUAUGUACACGUUGCAUGUAACGUUGUUAGUAAUAACUAUAUAAUUGAUUGAUGUGGUAAAAAUUAUUCGUCAAAUAGGUGUUAUUCUAAUUUUAAUUUAUGAAUACUUGUCGGAUGGAAUGGAAUGACUGAAAAUAAUAAAAUAAAUGCAGUGAAAGUAUAAGAAGACAAAGAAA